AUGCUCCACUUCUAUCACAGCUUGGUUGUGGUAGUCACGGGCGGGAACUCAGGCAUUGGUCAGAAGACCGCGCAAACCUUUGCCUUAUUUGGUGCGAAGGUAAUUCUACCAUGCCGUACCAUGGACAAGGCCAAUAAAGCCAAAGAAGAGAUUGAACUGUACUGUGCAGAUAAGGGUGUGAUCGCCACUGUGGUUCCUAUGGUGAUGGAUCUCAACGAUCUCACCACCGUCCAGAAGUUCAGUACUGAAUUGGCUGGAGUAGUAGACCAUGUGGAUAUACUAAUGUGUAACGCGGGCAUUAUGGCUCUCCGUGAACGCACUGAGACGGUUCAACUAUUUGAAGCGCAGAUUGGUGUAAAUCAUCUUGGCCACUUCGCCCUAUUCCGAAAUCUAAUCGGGUUGUUGAAGAAAGCUCCCGGGGGUUCACAUGUUGUGGCGGUGUCAUCUAUUGCACACUAUUGCGCUAAGAAUACGGAUUGGAUCUAUUAUCCAAAAUUAGAACUUGCCGAAUAUGAACCAUGGGAAGGGUAUGGUAUUGCAAAGAUGUCUAAUGUGCUAUUCGCAAAGGAACUGGACGAGAGAUACGCACAAGAUGGUAUCAGAGGCUUCUCUCUACAUCCCGGAGGCAUCCACACUAAUCUACAAUCGCAUGUACGCAUCGGUACCAAGAUAUUCUGGGCCACUGUGACGCCAUUCGUGUUCAAAAACCAGGAUCAAGGUGCCGCAACAUCGGUUUUCUGUGCAGUGAGCCCUAAGGCGAUGGAACACUCUGGAGAAUACUUCUCAGAUUGCAACGUAGCAAAGAACACAUACGAAGAUUGGAUGAACGAUACGGCUUUGAGGGAGAAGCUGUGGCAAACAUCCGAACAGCUCACGGAAGAGUUUGUCAAUAGCGAGUAAUACCUGUUGUCCCUAACAAUGUUA